UCCUAACCGAUAAACGUUCACGACAAUAACACGUAAAUAAUAUUAACUAAGGAGAUGACCCGUGGUUUAUCUAAAUUACACCUUACACAGUUCAAGAUUACAUUCUAGCCUAUUUAUCGUUUAAACAGGAGUUAUCAUUUCGCGCCGUUGCGACACGCAUGCGCAUUUCAACUUGUUCCAAUAUUCUACUAAAUAAAUUAUUAUGGGUGGCAACUAUUCCGCGAUGGAUCCGCUGCAGGUCCCUGUUCCCGACAUAGCGAAAUUAUUUGAUAGAGACGGUUAUUUAAAGCCCUACGAACGGGAAAUUCGUCGCAGGUAUGCAUGUUUCAAAGACAUAUGGGACAGGAUCGAGUCGUGGGAGGGGGGCUUGGAAGGUUUCACAAAGGGCUACAAAUACUACGGACCUCAGUACAACGUGGACGGAUCAGUAACGUGGCGAGAGUGGGCGCCUGGUGCCCACUCCUUGCAUCUACAGGGAGAAUUCAACGGCUGGAACGCAAAAAGUCAUCCAUUCAAAAAGUUAGAGUACGGUAAAUGGGAGCUGCACAUCCCGGCGAACGCGGACGGCUCCUGCCCCUUGAAACAUGACAGCCGAGCACAAAUCAUAGUCAAUGAGAACCUGUACAGGUUGUCGCCGUGGGCUAGCUACGUCAAACCCUUCGAGGGGUUCACCUACCAACACUUUAUUUAUAAGCCAGAACAGCCAUACCAAUUCAAACAUCCAAAGGUAGAUAAACCAAAGUCGCUGCGUAUAUACGAGUGUCACGUGGGCAUCGCCACGCCCGAGGGGAAGGUGGGCUCAUACAAUGAAUUCAGAGAGAAUGUAUUGCCCAGGAUCAAGCGGCAAGGGUACAACGCCAUACAGCUGAUGGCGAUAAUGGAACACGCGUAUUAUGCCUCGUUUGGAUAUCAAGUUACCAGCUUUUUCGCUGCUAGCAGUCGGUACGGAACUCCUUGCGAACUGAAACAACUAAUAGACAGAGCACACGAAAUGGGAAUCUACGUUCUACUAGAUGUGGUACACUCGCACGCGUCGAAGAACACGCUAGACGGUCUGAACGAGUUUGAUGGGACUAACUCGGGAUACUUCCACGACGGACCGAGAGGGACGCACGUACUGUGGGACAGCAGGCUGUUUAACUAUUCAGAAAUUGAAGUGUUAAGAUUCUUACUAUCAAAUCUGCGGUGGUACCAAGAGGAAUACCAGUUCGACGGAUUUCGGUUUGACGGUGUAACGUCAAUGCUAUACCACAGCCGUGGGAUUGGCGAAGGGUUCUCCGGUCACUACGACGAAUACUACGGCCUCAACGUGGACACAGAGGCGCUCGUCUAUCUCAUGCUUGCUAAUGAGAUUAUACAUAGAAUAGACAGCAGAGCGAUCACUAUUGCUGAGGAUGUAUCAGGCAUGCCAGCGUCAUGUCGUCCAGUGAACGAGGGCGGUACAGGAUUCGACUACAGACUAGGGAUGGCGAUACCGGACAUGUGGAUUAAACUGCUCAAAGAGGAAAAGGAUGAAGACUGGAAAAUGGGUCAUAUAGUUCACACUCUCACGAAUAGGAGAUGGAUGGAAGGAACCGUCGCGUAUGCAGAGAGUCACGAUCAGGCGUUAGUGGGGGACAAGACGAUAGCGUUCUGGCUGAUGGACGCGACGAUGUACACGCACAUGAGCACGCUGAGCGAGCCGAGCCCCGUGGUGGAGCGCGGCCUGGCGCUGCACUGUAUGAUACGACUCAUCACGCAUGCGCUCGGUGGCGAGGCUUACCUUAACUUCAUAGGCAAUGAAUUCGGCCACCCCGAAUGGUUGGACUUCCCUCGCGCCGGCAACAACUCCUCAUACCACUACGCGCGCCGCCAAUGGAACCUGGUGGACGACGAGCUGCUCAAGUACAAGUUCUUGAACGAGUUCGACAAGGACAUGAAUCUGUUGGAGGACAAGUACGGCUGGCUUAGGGCCGACCCUGGUUACGUGUCGUGCAAGCACGAAGGUGACAAAGUGAUAGCAUUUGAGCGCGCUGGGCUGCUAUUCGUGUUUAACUUCCACCCGUGCCAGAGUUUCACCGACUACAGGAUUGGCGUCAACGUACCAGGGAAUUAUAAGGCCGUACUGUGUACAGAUAGUAAGAAGUAUGGAGGAUUUGGUCGUGUCGAGCCAAACGGCGAAUUCCACGUAACGCAAGGAGUGCCUUGGGCGAACAGAAAUGAUUCAGUACAGGUUUACAUCCCCUGCCGAUCUGCUAUUAUCUACGCCCGCAGUGAUUAACAAAAUGAUUGUGAUUCAAUAAAUAUAAUUCAUAAUUUUACUUGUGAAGUGCAUGUGUGUUCAUUUGUGAAGUGUUAACUAGUCUGAAAUAUAAUCAAAGAAAUUUGUUUUAUUUUUGGAAUGGUUGAAUUUGGGAUAUUUAAUAGAUUUGUAAUUAUAGUACAAAAUUAUAUUUUUAUUAAAUUAAAUUGUUAAUAAAUAGUUGUUAAAUGA